GGAAGGUGUUCCUGACAUGUUUUCUGCUGGGGGUGACCCUAAGGCUGGGUAUUCAGCAUUCGUUUCAGAGGGUUUUGUUUCACUGUCUGGUGGAAAGGCAAUUAAGGUUAACAUCUUGAGGGAUACGGGUGCGUUACAUACUUAUGUCCGUCGCAACAUAGUUCCAUUCUCCUCCACGUCAGACACGGGCGAUUUCAGUUUGAUGCGAGGUAUGGGUAUGCAGUUAAUUCCGGUGCCCCUACAUAGAAUGAGCAUUGUCUGUGGGUUGGUUAGUGGAGAGGUGGUGGUGGGAGUGCGGCCUGAGUUACCAGUGGAAGGGGUCGAUGUAAUACUUGGAAAUGAUUUGGCGGGGGAUAAAGUGUGGGCUGAGGCUAUAGCUCCAAAUGUGGUUACCCAGGUCCCAGUCUCAUCUUACCCAAGUAAACAAGAGGGAAAAACAGAGGUUUUGCCGGCAUGCGCAGUAACCCAUGCUAAGAAGAAGAAAGUGAAAGGUCUGGGUAAAGAAAUCACCCUCCUCAUGCAGACCCUCAACACACUGAGCACCUCCGAGGAAAAGCUUGGAGGCCUUUGCACGAUGUACGCCGAACUGUUGGAAGAGAACCGUAACACUCAGAAGCAGAUGAAGGUGCUGCAGAAGAAGCAGAACCAGCUGGUCCAGGAGAAAGACAACCUGAGGAACGAGCACAGCAAGGCCAUCCUGGCCCGCAGCAAGCUGGAAAGCCUCUGCAGGGAGCUGCAAAGACACAACCGGACACUCAAGGAGGAAGGAAUCCAAAGAACGCGGCUGGAGGAGGAGAAGAGGAAGGAGGUGACUUCUCAUUUCCAGGUGACGCUGAACGACAUCCAAACUCAGAUGGAGCGGCACGACGAGAGGAACGCCAGCCUUCGACAAGAGAACGCAGACCUGGCAGAAAAACUCAAGAAACUCUACGAACAGUACAAACUGCGCGAGGAGCACAUUGACAAAGUGGUGAAGCACAAAGACCUGCAGCAACAGCUGGUGGAUGCAAAGCUGCAUCAGGCACAGGAGCUGCUGAAGGAGUCGGAGGAGCGGCACGAGAGAGAGAGAGACUUUCUGCUAAAGGAAGCCGUAGAGUCUCAAAUGAUGUGUGAGCUGAAGUUACAGAGUACCUGUUGGUCUCCUCUCUUAAGGGGGGAGGUGUGA